GUUUUCCGAGCAGUUGCAGACAUUUUUCAAAAACAUCUGGCAUCUCUGACCCUGUUACACCAUCAUCAUCAUCAAUGAUCAAAACAGACCGCCUACAAUUUAUCGACAGCAAAAGCUGCGAAGAAAACCUCGGCAGAUUCCUAAAUAAUUCCGAUAGUUCAUUAUAGCUUCAGUGCCACCAAUCCGUGCCAAUUAAUACCUCUGCAGUGUCCUUAUCUUAUUAGUGAAAUGAAAAUAUAUUUAUAAUCCCGAAUGAAUUCCUCGUACCUUCGUAGUUGAUAGCCAUGAGAAAGUUUCAUCGAAUUUUGGCCUUCCUGGUGGCCUUGUUCAUACUCUACCUGGUCUAUCGAUACUCGUUUCAGGUAGAUAGUGAAGGCAACUAUCUAUUUUUGAAACCGCUGGAUACCACGGGAAGUGGCUUCCUAACGUUGCUGCAGUCCGAAGAUAAACUGGAGGAUGCGUCACAAAUUGACCAAGAAAAGCAGCGGGCGGAUCCACAUAGAUUAGUCAAUAUGACAGAUUUUCGGUUUCUAAUCAGCAACGAUAUUUGCAAGGAGAACGGAAGCUUUUCGGAACUUCUGGGUGUAAUUCUCGUCACCUCGUACGUCGGUCACGAUGCACUACGGGCGGCUCACCGUCAGGCAAUUUCCCAGCAAAAACUAAUAUCGAUGGGUUUAUUACGCAUUUUCUCACUAGGAAGUGUACCUCCAACGGAAAAAUUUAUUCAUCAGAAAGCACUCCAACACGAACAGCGGCUGUUUGGUGAUAUUAUUCAAGGUAACUUUAUGGAAGCGUAUCGAAACCUGACGUUUAAGCACAUUAUGAGCCUCAAAUGGGCAACCGAACAUUGUGCGAGGGCGAAAUUUUUGAUAAAAAUGGAUGAUGACAUUGUGUUUGAUCCAUUCUACAUUCAGAAUCAUCUUUCUGACUUGGGUCAGCAAAAUCCAAAGCAUCUGCUGUCCGGUUUUAUGUUCACAAACAAAAAAGUGAUUCGACUAACAGCUAACAAAUGGUUUGUAUCUAGAGCGGAGUUUCCGCGCGACGUCUAUCCUCCGUAUCUGUCCGGGUGGUUGUAUAUCACCAAUCAGUGGACCGCUCGCAGGCUCGUACUACAAUCCGAGUCAGUGCCAUUUUUUUGGAUCGAUGACACCUACGUUACCGGAAUACUACCCGAACGAGCCCGGAUAACACUUACGAACCUAAACAAGUGGUUCAGUGCGAACUCGGAAUUCAUCGAUUGCUGCAUUCGCGACAUGAAACGGUACUCGUUUCAGUGUGACUACUACGUUGGACCGAACGGAGGAAACCCCAAUCUGAUCAUGGAAUUCGUACAGGAACUGGAACGAUGCUAUGACAACGCCUGCUAUCAGCGCCCCAGUGGUAAACCGCUAACGAAAACGUGCGUAGCCGAGUACAAGAACAUCCUACAGCGGCAUGGAACGGCUCAGGUGAGUGCGAUGCGGCUGCGCUAAGUCCGCCGCUGAAGUGGCCCGGCCUAGUAAUAAGUGUAAUACGAAUUUAUUGAACCUCCCUGAAUACCGUCCAUUACCAAUUAUGUAGAAAAAGUUUUUAGUGCAAAAUGUAGUGGCAUGCUGGUGCCAUAUUUUAAACAUCACAACUUGAGUGUGUUUUCACCAAUUAAGACAAAUAUCAUUUGUUUAGAAGCGAAUGUAUUUAAGUUUGGAACUGUGAAAGCUAGUUCGGCAUUUUUCAUCAAUAAGAAAUAUUUGGCUCAUAUUUUACUGUCAGUACUUCGACAGAGAAAAAAUACCCUUCUGAACCCUUAAACAAAUAUAAGGACCUAAACGUAUAAAAAAGGAUAAGCGUUCACUUUCCGUGUAUAUCUAUACUUAAUCUACUACGAAGGUAAAAAAACGAAAUGAAAAUAUAUCCUGCUCAUACACGCUCUAUUAUAGGUUUUAAAAUAUUUCAUGAAAUAUAUAGGUAGAUGAGUUAUGAUGUCCCGGUAGUUUGAGAAAGUCAGUGAAUGGAAAUUGUUUUUGAAGGUAGCACUGCCAGUCGCAUGUAUCGAAUAAUCAUCUGGACGAUCAAAUUUGCAUUUUUUAUCAUUCAUUUCAAUUCUCAGUUCAUUUUGGAAAAAGAAAAAAACAUUACAAAAAUAUUAAAAUAAAUAAAUAUUUAAAAAAAUGGGUCCCAUCGAUAAUUUUAAACAUUACCACCAAGCACUUAUGAGCAUACAGCCACUAUUUUAAGACCGGAGAGCUCUCCUGACCGUAAUUAGAGCACUGUAACCACUAUCUGAGUCCGCAGAAAUCUGAAAUUUGGUGCGGUGAAACUUUCGCCGCUGUUGUCAGAUCUAUUCUUUUUUCUCCGCUGAUCGCUCUUUUUAUAUGAAAAUUUUAACUCGUUUCUCGUAAUCGAAAUUUGAUUCCACUGUCAGAAAGUCAAAUGUUAUUAUAUGCAUGACAUGAAAUGAGAUUGUUCAACAGAUAUUGAACAGAAUUAAAAAAAAAAAACAUUCCACAAUUUUACUAACAUUUGACAUUGGAAGCUGGGACUGGAAUCAUUCGUACCUAAGUGUAUUGAAUCAUAGGAACUGUUGUCAUUGAUAACUAAUAACCAGAAUAUUUUUGAGAAAAAAUCUCAGUACUUACAAUAAGAACAAAAUUUUAAAGGAAUAUAUAAGAAAAAAAAAUCAAAGGAAAACUCACAACUACAUAAUAACAAGACAAUUGUGCCAACAUUUAAUGGUUUCCAAACCCAUAAUUCUGAUACACCGCCUCAUGAAGUCAAUUUAAGGGAGUCAUAUAACUAUCAAAAGCAGAUAGUUCGGACAGUUAGGAUUUGCCAUUAGGUUUUGAGUUUAGUGACCAAACAAGUAUUACACAAAUCUGUGAUAAUCCAUAUAGUUUGCGUGUAAUUCCAACAGGCAAGCAUAAACCAGUAGAUUCACAUUGGUAACUAUUUGAAAAAUUCUCAAUUCAUACUAGGAUAUUAAGUUAAAACUAUUUUUUUUAGAUUAGAAUAAAGAUUCACCUUUUUAACUGUCAAA